UCAUAUCUUUAUAGUUACCGUAAAGUAGUCCAUUUAUUUACAUUGUCAUGACAACAUAAAUCUUUAGAAAUUUCCAUAAAAUCAGGAUUUUAGAAGUUAUGAGUGAAGGAAAGCUUGUUGUCGCCAGGCUACCACCUCUAGCUGGGGCAAAAACCUUUUCACCACGACAUGGAGGCAAAUUUGAAGGCCUUAAUGGACCCACAUACAAAAUUGGAGGACAUGUACAUGCAUUACCACCUCCAAAGGCACUUAGACCAUAUGUUGACACAAAGACAGGCGAGCUGGAUGCAUGGCCGGCUCAUGCCAGUGGUCACUCUGUUCCUACUACAUCAAUGAUGAUGACCAAGGAUAAAAGCCUCGUUCUCGUUAGUGAUGAACAGAUGGGGAAACCAAACAUGAUUCCUAAACCAAGAUUUCUGGAACAGCUUGAAAAUUACCUCAAGAAAGAAUUGCGUGCCCUUGAUGUGGUAGAAGUAGAACCAAAUGAACUAAGAUUACAGGCACAUAGAGAAGUGUUCGAGUACCUGAUAGAGGACUUUAAAACAUACAAACCACUUUUGUCAGCCGUGAAAAAUGAAUAUGAGAUGAUGUUUGCAUUUCAAAGACAACAAAUCCGUGAGCUCGAACCAUUAAAGCAAAUGUUGGUGACAGUAUCAGAACAGUGUGACCAGAAAAUAAUGGGUAUCAGAGAAGAGGAGAAACAAGAAAUGGCUGACUUGAAGAUUGAGAACAAAAGACUAUGCCAGAGAAUCGAGGAUUUAAAGAAUUCAGGUAAAGAUUUACAGACCCAGGUAUCGAAACUUCAAGACGACCUAGCCAAUCAAUACAAGUUGUACCGUGAUGAGCGAGAUGCCCGUAAAUUGUUACAAUCAGAUAUCAACGACCUCCGAUAUCAGCAGGAAGAUUAUCAGAUGUCCCAGAAAAAAGACGAUGAAGAAGAGGAUGACCCAGUCAUGUUGAAAAUUGCCCUCAAGAAAGCACGAGAAGAUGAGAGGUCAGCUUCACAGAGACUCAGUGAAAUGGAAGCCAAUUAUGGUGAUGUCAUUCCAAGAAGAGACUUUGAAACACUGGAAAAGAAACAUAUUGCAUUAGAGGAAAGUGUUGGUGUUAUACAAGGGGACUUUGAUAAACUCAAACAAGAACACGAAGCUCUUUUGGAAGUACAUAAACAAGUGGUCAAACAAAGGGAUGAGUUCUACACAGAGUGUGAAACCCUCAGAAGAAGUUCAACACCAAGGCCUGACUGGGAUAAAUGUGCUGAUAAUAUUCGAGGAGGUAUGACACGCUGGAAGGAAUUGUCCGAGGGCAAGGCGAGUAACGAGCUUGUUGACGUCCUGCUUACAGAGAUGGCCUCCGGAGAGGUGGUCGACACUGGUGGUGCUGAAUACUUUGAUGGACAGGGAACUGGACCAGCGGUGCCAAAAUACUUACAGCAUGAUGGUCCGGUUAGAAAUCGACGGUUGGGUAAACGUGAUGCCUCCCUACUUAUCAAGGAUAUCUGGAGAGAGAAAGGAGCUCAUGAUGCAGCAAAAUCAGAUGGUGUUAGGGAUAAGAUGAGUGAUUUCCUAUACAGUUACCUACAGAGACGAUUUGGUCUAGAGCAGAUGAUUAUAGAGUGGGGGUAUAACCUUCACGAUGCCUGCCAGAGAUAUAAUUCUGAUGAACACAUAGGUCUCUUCCAUGGUGUCUUAACUGAAGAGAUAGAUGAAGAGAUUUACCACAACCAGUUACAGUUAAUACAAAAACUGAUGAACCAUCUCACAACCAUAGACAUGGAUAAAGGAAACCAGGGGAAAUUAUCCAAGGCUGACUUUAGGGAGGGUUUGACAUCAUAUCUCGGAAAUGUUGACCCUGACAAAGUAAACGCCAUGAUGAGAGCAGCAGAAUCAGAAAUGGACAACAAGGAAGCCGAUGAGAUCGAGUAUAAAAAUCUAUUUAUGGAGGAUGAUGAAGGCAGGACUGGUCCAUUUUUGGAUGAGAUCAGAAAAUGGGAGAAGCAGGAGAGGAUGAACUAUGUUGAUGAUAUACAAAAACAGCUUGUUGAUAUAAAUCCGGUUUCUGUUGAUGACUUGAAGAGAUCAAUACUACAAGCUGACAUUGAAAUAGAUAAUGUUAAAAUGAACAAAUAUAUUACAUGGGUGUUCCAAUCUGAAACGGAUCCACUGCCUCAAGACAAGGUCAUCGAAAGAUUAAGGAACGGAAAUGUGGCGCGAAUUGGAAGAAAACUGUAAAUUGCUAUAUAUAAACUAAAAAAAAAUGUAUUUAUUAAACAGCAUUCAAUUAAGAAUGCUGAAAAGUGUAAACACACAGAACUAUAGCUGCAUUUUUCACUGGAAUUUUAUCAAGGUGUUAGUGCCUUAAUAUAUUAUAAAUGUAGCGUUUUGUGUUUUGUCUGUGAUAUUUAUUGUGUGUGGAUUGACUCAUCAUGAUCUUGUACAGCAUAUCUCCGGGUCAAUUUCGCCAUCUAAUUUGUUAAACAUUUAUGACUAAAGUAUUUUAUAUUGCAGAAUAAUUUUUAUCAAUCUUUUUAGAAAUGAAAGUUUUUGUUGUUGUUUUUUUCUGUAUAAUUUACAUGUAUGUUACAUUUGCUUAAAUGUGUAAACUUGAUAAUAAAAUCUUUCUAAUCUCCAAA